AACAAAAAAUAUUCUUCCCGUUUUCAUCAAAAUCUCAUGGACGCGCAAUAAGAAUUUAUUCAAUUUAAUUGUUAAAAUUUAUUAAUUACAUAAAAUAGAUUCAUUUGUUUUUCAAUAUAAAAUAAUAAAAAAGUGCCAAAAUGGCUCUUGAACGUCCUUCAACAAUCGAUGUUACUGAUAUCCAAUUCAAAGUACACGAUAGAUUCACCGUAUUCAAUGCCGGACAACAAUUAAGAAGUCAUGUGAAUCUUCUUGCCACAGCUAGCAAUUAUGGUCUAAUGUUUGUGGGUAAUCCAAAUGAGGCUGAAUUAAAAGUUAUUGUUAUAAAGGAUUUGAUAGAAUCGAAAGCAAGUGGGAAAGGACUUCAUGCCCGCCAAGUCCAACUACCAAAUCAACCCAAUUGCAUUGCUGUUAGCAGUGAUGGAUCCAUGCUGGCUGUAAACUAUACCCAAAAUGGAUGUGGUUUUGUUGCUAUUUACAGUGUGCCAAGCUUCACCAAAGCUAACAUCAAAUCCUUGCACAACAUCCGUUUACCUGGAGAUGAAAGCAUCUCAGCACUGCAACUUCUCUGGAAUCCGGUUAUUUCAGGUAGUCUUGCAGUCGUAAUGAGCAAUGGAGCACUUGGAAUGUAUGACUUCAAAAAUGGUGCAUAUGAAAUGCACACUUUGGACAGCAAAGAACAGAUUCUUUGUGGUUCAUGGAGCCCAAAAGGCAAACAAAUCGUAUUGGGUUUUCCCAAUGGCAAACUGGCUCAAUACAAACCUGAUCUGAAAUUGGCUCGAACUAUACCCUGCCCACCGAAUAUUCAUCCUGGUCCAUUCGAUACCAUUUCCGUGCAAUGGCUGUCGACUUUUCAAUUUGCCGUUGUAUUCCUUCAACGAGCUGAAGAUGCUACUCCAUAUUUAUACAUAGUUCAUGCUCCGAAGGCUGGCAAUCCUUCGUACACUAACUAUUUUGAUAUUUGUUAUAGUUUCACUGGGCCAAGAGCACAACAGGUGAAUUUGAUGCAUAUCCAACAAUGGAACUUGUUGCUAGUGACAUCAGCAAAUGGUGUUGAGGUGGGACUUUUGGGUACAAAAGAGACAACAGAGGCACCCACAUGGGUUCAAUAUACCCUCCUCGAUGAAGCACGUAUUGAAAUGCCUCUCACUGAUAAAAGUGAUGAAACUUAUCCAAUUGGAUUUGCAUUGGAUACUUCUUCCACCCACCAAUUGACUAUUGCGGAGAAGAAAUUGCCAGUUAUGCCAAUGAUUCAUACUUUGUCGACCCACGGGCAACUGGUUGCAUUUAACUUUUUGAAUUUGCAACCCAAUACACCGGAUAUUUGUUCACCACCACCUCCAAUAUCGGAUACGUCAGGCAUGUCGCAGUUUAAGCCGGUUAGUGAAAUGCUUAAUCAGAAGAAGCCGGAGAUAACGAUGCCAGCGGCAACAAUGCCUUUGACUGUUGUUAGUCAACCAGCACCGGCGGAGUUGUCUUUCGCACCGCUUGGAGGUACUUCGACGCCAGCAUUGGAAAAGCCUAAAGCCAUUUUCGGAGCUCCAAUGGGACAACCAUCAACUGGAUCGAUUAUGUUUGGAGCACCACAAUCUGGGUGGGCACCAUCAUUUGCGCCAGUAGCAAGUGCUCCAGCAACAUUAUUUAAAACUACUGCUCCAGUAAAGACAACACCCCAACAACCAUCAAUUGGAUUUGGAGACUUGAAAAAGCAACAGGAACAAGUACAACAACCAGCACCAAAUGUUGUGAAUCCAGAUAAAAAUAAACCACUAUUUACUGUUCAACCUUCAUUCAAUCCACCGCCCGUGGUAGUGCCCAGUCAACAGCAAUCAACUGCACCGCAAACUCAACAAAUAGCUAAAGCACCAGCAAUAAAUGAAAGCGAAGUAGAUGACAUUGUAAAUGAAAUGAUUCUCUUCCAAAUAACUUCGUUUGAUUUGGAAUUGAAGAAAUUAACAAAUCACUCCAAGGGAUUGUUAAAUAAUAUUGGAAACAUGGAAGAAAUGAAAGAAUUUACAAAACGUUUAAAUAAUCUUCAAGACAUUGUCGAUCAGGCAAACGAAAAAGAAUUAGAAUCUGAUUUGAGAUGUCUUCUUAAUUCACUCAAUGAAUCCUGUGCUAUGAUGGCUGAGUGUCGAAGCAAAUUAAAUAUGUAUAAGUAUCCAGACAUUGCAAUUUUGAAGAACGCAUCCAAUUUUGAUCCAAUUAAUCGUCGCCAAUUGGCUAAGUUGCAAAGUCUCUUAGCAAAAAAUCAAGCGCAAAUACAAAUCAUACAAAAUCAAAUAGAUUCACAAUGGGCUGACUUUCAAGAUAUGGUUAAACGGAAUUCACGAACCCAUAUGCAUACUCCGUAUCUUGAAGGAAUUUAUCAACGUAUGACCAAGUUGAAGGACAUGAUUGCACGGAAUCGGACCAAAAUGAAUUAUUACAAAUCGAAAUUGAAACAGUAUGGUUUGCUUUACAAUCAAUCGCAGGUUAAUUCAAAUGGAGAAACAACAAUGGAAUCACUUACUGACACCAUCCUCUCAAUGAGUCUCGGACCAACAGUUCAAGAGAAUAGUUCGAAAUUGACAAAAGAAAAAGUUGCUGCAUUGCGGGGAGUUCUAACCAAUCGAAAAAUCAGCAUUAUCAAACCUCAACGUCCUGAUCAAGUUGGUUUGAAAUCCGAAGUAAUUUUAGAAACAAAAUUAAAAAGUGAUCGCAAGCUACGAGAUGGUGCAGCAACAAAUAUGAAUAAAAUGGAACAAGAACGAAUAAGAAACGAACAGCAACGUGUUUUGACAAAACCAACAGCAACCAAGGCAAUUGCUCCAAGUAUGGCAGCUAUAUCACAACCAAAUGCACCGACAAGUUUUGGUUUUGGUGCAGCAAGUCCAUUUGUCAAACCAAAUCCAGGUAAACUUGAAGAUUAUAGAAAAGAUCAAUCCCAACAACAACCACAGCAGCAACAAAUGCAACCACAACAACAACAACAGCAGCAACAACAACAGCCAAUGAUUGUAAAACCUGUAGCAUCAACUGCUGGACCAAUGUUUCUCAAAGCCACACCCAAUACAUCUGCUCCAGCUAAUUCGUCGGCUUUCUCAGGUUUUGGAACUUCAUCAAAUCCGGGUGGAUUGUUUUCGGGAAUGUCCAUUACUCCAUCGGCAAUGCCAGCCUUUACAGGAUUUGGAACAAACUCAAGUCUCGCUUUUGGUUCUCCUAAGCCAUUAACUGCAAAUCAACAAGCUAAGGAACCAAUUCCAGCUGCUGACAAAGUUCAAAAGGAUCAAAAACCUACUCUAGCAUUCGAUUCGAAACCAAUGACUUCUGAGAAUAAACCUUUUGCUACACCCAACUUUUCGUCUUCUUUCACUGCUGUUGCACCAUCGAAGAAUGCAGAACAAGUUGAUAAAGAAAAUAAGUUGCCUGAUUCCUUUAUUCCUGUGGGAGCCAAGUCUGAGACAUCUUCUUUAACAAUUUCAUCAACCUCAACCCAACCUCUUGGUUUUGGUUCAGGUGUUGCCGCAACUAGCGCUCCCUCUUCGGUAUUCUCUUUUGCCACUGCAAGUGCACCUGCAAAGGCGCCUACAUCAACAAGUACAGCUCCGUUUGCAUUCUCAUUUGGCUCAGCAUUCAACAGUGCUUCUGAAACAUCAACAACAACUACGACUUCUAAGCCACCAAUGUUUGGCGGACUACCUAAGCCAACACCAACAACAGCUGUCAAGUCGGAAGUUGCAGCAGUUUUUUCUGCAGACCAAGAGAAAUUAGAGAGCCUAGAUUCCGGCGAUAGUACUGGAUUCACAUUCAGUUCCUUGAAUCUCGGAACCCUGGGCUUGCCAGCAACUCCAAAUCUUUCCCCCACACCUUCUGUUUCUACACCAGAAUCAAGUAGUGGAUCAUCUGUAACAGUUGUCAAGACAUCCAAUGCUUCCAUAUCUGAUCCAAAUGAUUCCCUUUUCAGUAGCUUGAACAUUUGUAAGCCAACAACCGCAGAAAAUGCUUUCAAACCAGCAUUUGGAGAUGGAAAUAUGUUUGGAUCUGCCUCGUUUACAACAGAGUCUUCGACAGAAACGAAAUCGAUUUUCGGAAGUACAGCUGUGAGCAAAGAAUCUACUGGCUUUGGUGGAUUUGGUUUAUCAAGUGAUUCCUCAAAAUCUGCCUUUGAAGCAACUACAACUCCAGCUUCAACAGCAGAAAGUUCAUCAACUUCAACUACAACCACAUCUACAACUACUUCUACAGCUACUUUAGCUCCAAAAACCACCCAAACCAUAACAUUUGGAACUGCACCACCUGCGCAAGGAUCGAUUACUACUGGCCAAGUUGCAGCAAGUACAUCUGCUCAGUCAGUAUUUGCUACGUCUUCAGCAUCACCAGCAUCGAUUUUCUCAUCAGCUGCAGCUGCUACAACUACAGCCACAUCGGGAACAUCAAUUUUUGGUGGAACUGGGCUCACUUUUGGAGUACCUGCUCAGACGGGAACACCUUCAAUAUUCGGUUCCUUGGCCACUACUCAAACAUCUGCUGCAGGAGAAUCAUCUUUUGCAGCUAUAAGUCCUCCAGCUGCAACUUCGACAGCAGCGCCAGCUUUUGGUACAGGUUCAACUACGUCGUCUGCUAGUUCUCUAUUUGCUUCUGCAGCAGCAGCAACAACUCCUCCAGUGUCAUCUAGUUCAGCAAGUAUAUUCGGUGGAAUACCUAAGCCGGAUCAAUCUGUCUUUGGACAACCCGAAGGAACUACCGUUUUCGGUUCACCUACCAAUACCGAGUCUGCUACUUCGGGUGGAAGUCUAUUUGGUAGUCAAAGUGGAGGUUUUGGUGCUCCAAGCAAUACAAGCAGUGGUGGAUCGAUUUUCGGAGGAGGCUCAUCUGCUGCUCAACCUUCAAGUCCAUUUUCAAACGCAAAUACUGGUGGAAACAUCUUUUCCAGUCCGACUGCUAGUUCAGCCCCGAGUGUAUUCGGAACUCCUGCUCAGCCUACAACAGCUCCGAGUGGAUCUAUUUUCGAUCAAUCUUCCAAUUCCGGACAAUCAGGUGGAUCGCUAUUCGGAGGAAACCAAACUCAAGGUUUUGGCGCUCCAACGAGUCCUUUUUCAGCCGCUGCUUCCUCGGGUGGAUCCAUAUUCGGCGGUGGAGCUUCAGCAACUUCUCCAAAACCUUCAGCGUUUUCUUCUCCUGCACCGGCUGCAUCGACAUUUGGUUCGGCUAAUACAGGUGGAUUUGGUUUGUUCUCACAAACCCCAGCCUUUGGUUCGCCAUCACAACCCAAUGCAAACACAGGAGGUGGAUCAUUUGCUCAAGGAGGUUCCUCAAUCACUCAGAGUGGUUUUGGUUCUCCGAAUUCUGGCACUGCCUUUGCAAAACCAGUUUUUGGUGGUGCACCAGCAUUUGGUGGAGCAACAACAUUCGGUUCGCCACCUAGUUUUGGUUCAGCACCAUCAUUUGGCAGUCCGAAAGGUUUUGGAUCGUUUGCUGCACCAGCAGCAACGGCUGGAGCUUUUAACUCGCCAACACAAAAUAAUAACUUGUUUGAAGCGCUGGGUUCAUCAGACACUGGAUUGACUUUUGGCAAUUUGGCGCAAAAUAACAAUCCCAAUCAACAGAAACCAGCUUUUGGAGGAUCUUCCUUCAUGAGUUAUCGUUCUUAAAUAAUAUGUAAUACAAUGCAAAAUUAAUUAAGUGUUUGGUAAUGUUCCGUUUUGAUUUUAUUAUUGUUUAAUUAAUUAACUGAUUUUGUUUGCAACAUAAAUACAAUACAUACGUAGUUAUAACUUA